AUGUUUGGUGACCUCUUUGCUGCUCGUGAUGUCGAAGUGCCCAAAGUGGGAAAGGAUCAUACUGGGAGUAGUGUGCCGGAACACGGAGGCGCGGCGGUGGUCGUUUGGCUGCUAUUUGAUUCUUUCCUCUACUCUGAAGGGCCGAGUACUUUUAACGAGAUUGUUGACAACUGGACAAGCAGCCUCAGAUUCAUACAAGAUUAUCGCUAUACCCCGUCUCCUAUUAAAGAAUUUGUUGGAGAAUUACUGGAAUAUGAUGAAAAGCGAAGUGAAUCUGAGAGAACACCAUUGACCGAUCUCACAAAUGUGGGUGUUGUGGGUCCGAACUCUGUCAUUGUCACGCAACCGCCUUCCAUUACCGACAUCAGAGGAUGGAGCACGGAACAGCUCAUCAGGCACCUUCAAGCAAAAUUCUUUGAUGAUUUGGACGAUGAAGACCUCGAAAUUUUGCAAAAGCAAAAGAUUAAGGCCGUGCGUUCCUGA